GCUGCCGCCCGCCGGGGGCCUGGUGCCUACACGGACUUCUUCCUGCCGCUGCUGCGCCGCUGUCCCUCUGCCAUGGGAGUAAAGAACAAGGAAGGGGAGACCCCUGGGCAAAUUCUGGGCUGGGGACCCCCCUGGGAUUCUGCCGAAGAGGAGGAGGAAGACGAGGCGUCCAGGGAGCACCAGUGGAGGCAGAAGCUGCUGGGAGAGCUGGAGGACGAGUGGCAGGAGGUCACCGGGCGGCUGGAAGGUGAGGAGUCCGAGGAGGAGCGGAGACUCUUCCAGGAGCGGGCCAGGGCCAAGGAGGAGGAACUGCGGGAGAGCAGAGCCAGGCGGGCGCAGGAGCGGGCACAGGAGGCUCACAGGGCACAGCCCCCCAGGGGAGCAGGGAAGGGCAACCUCUGGCGCUUCAAUGACGUGCCCUGGCCCUGCCCUGGGGGAGGGGACCCGGAGGCCAUGGCGGCAGCCCUGGUGGCCAGGGGUCCCUCCUUGGAGGAGCCAGAGGCUCUGAGGAGGUACUUGAGGGUCCAGCAGGUUCGCUGGCACCCGGACCGCUUCCUACAGCGGUUCGGGAGCCAGAUUGAGACCUGGGAGCUAGGCCGCGUGAUGGGAGCUGUGACAGCCCUUUCUCAGGCCCUGAAUCGCCGUGCAGAGGCCCUCAAGUGACCCCAGGGACAUCAGGAGGAGCUGCAGGGAACGCAGCCUUCGAGACAGGGCGGCAGGAAGGGCAUGAUCAGAGGUGGGGGUGACGAGGACGAGGCAGGACCAGGCACUGUGCAGCAGAGGAUGUGGGGUGGGAGCGAAACUUGUGAUGAGUGGGGGUGGGAGGGCAGCCACAGGCACUGCUCCUUGACUGUGCCACUUCCUAAUAAGACCUGGUUCCACGUCCCACUCCCAGGGCCCUGCCUUUUUCCACUGCGGUGGUUUUCAUCGCCCAU